UCCCCUGUCAUUGUGCACCGUUUCUCGUUCAUUCUCCUCCAAGCCUUGUUUCUAAUAAAUUUUCCCCUUGUUUCAACCCGUUUUGCGCUCACAAUUUGCCAACGACACGCCUUGGAAAAACCCGAAAACAUCGUCGCCAUAUCCCACCUCUGUAACUGACUCUUCCACCAACUACGUUGCGCUCGUUUGCUACGCCUGCAACAAACCUUUGUCACAUCUUCAUUUGGCUCACUUACAUGAUAUGUCUCAACCCACGACUUCCAUAACGUCAUUGUCUUUGAGCGCUUCUUCUUCCUCCGUCGUGCCCACUACCGCAGCGCCCAGUAGCAGUAGUGUACCGCCAUCGACCAGUGAUUCUCCACUGCCCACAAGUUCUUCCACGCGCCUGACGACGCUAUCCUCGACGUCCAUGUCUUCCGGUACCACAUCAUCGAUAAGCUCUGCAUCCUCGCAGUCCCCAACCAGUGCAAAUACAAGCACAGCAACGACGGCAACCAGUUCUUUGACAACUAGCCAGUCAACGACAACGACAAGUAGUGUUACUACCAGCUCAUCGCAAACGACUUCCUCAUCACUGACGACAACUUCCUCAUCACUAACGACAACAACUUCAUCACUAACGACGACUUCCUCAUCAUCAACGACUCCCUCGCCAUCGCCCACCACGAGUACACUACAGACCACUUCUACCAGUGCACCUCCGCAGACAUCCAACUCAUCGUCAUCUCAGUCUUCAUCGACGUUGCCUAGCACACCGUCAUCGUCGGUCACACCAGUGCCAGUCGUCACAACUUUGGAAAGUACUUUGUUUAUUACCACAACGAAUGCUCAAGGCCAACCAACAACGACGGCGCCCUCCAUUGUCACAGAAGUCACCACUUCCACAAACAGCGCGGGAGCUGCCACGACUAUCACAGUAGCAGUUGCAAACCCCACCCUUGCGCCCAACAACGGGACGUCAUCGAGUUCCUCGUUCUUCGGGAACACCGGCGCCGUAGUCGGUGUCUUCCUUGUGGUUGGUUUGGCCGCUGCAUCCAUUGUGCUCUGGAUCUUCUUUUUCAUCCGACGUAAGCGUCGUAUUAGCCGAAUUGACCAUGACACCGAAGUCGAGGCAGCUGUUGCUGCCUCGGGCUUUGGUCGAGCUCCUUUGGAUGAUGACAAUGAUUACCGAGGUGUCCGGUCACCACAUACACAUUCUCUGUCUUCGGCACAGAUGGGGCAGCAUGGGAAUGGGAGCCCCGUUGGUUAUAUUCCCGACAGUUCUGGAUUGCCCACCACUGGUCAACCAAUUUCAGGGGGUCCGUUUGACGACGACAAUGUCGCAUUCAAUCCCUACGUGGGCUAUCCAGUCGAAGGUCAACCAAUGAAUGGAGGAUAUAUUCAAGCUCGCACUGCUAGCCCUCCUCCGGGAGCAGAGCAGCAAGGUCCUUCUAGUGCAGGAACACAUGACAUUAGUGAUUCCUCCCGGGAUCGGAAAAGCUCCUACGGCCACACACCUACGUACAGCGUUGGAAGCUACGAGCCGCUACUGGCCGCAUAUACGCAAGGAUCUUCUGCGGAGCGAGGUGUCAACUCACCACCCACACCACCCCCAAGGAACCCUGCACGGCGUGCACACCUUGACAGCGCCGCUUCCCGCCUUGCAAAUAACUCAUCAGAUGGAGGUGCCGAUGAUAGGUUGGAUCCUGAAAUUCGGAGGCGGACCAGGUCGGAUAGUCCUGGCUUGGACGACCUCAGGGAUGAAGAAGACUAUAGUCGACCGGUGCUCACUGUCCGCAACAUGCCUGAUAGCCGCAGUAUACAUUCUGCACUGUGACGCACUUUGCGUCUAGCUUUUACUUCUUUCUCUCAAAAGAAAUCUGACUGUCACGUCAUUAAUAUUUUAUCCGAGAUUAUCUGGACUGUUAAAACUGAUUUGUUGAGCAGAUCAUAAUCAUCCUCAUCAUCCUCGUACAUACUGCAACCACAUUCUGUAUAUCACCACAAACCAUGGACAUACACGGACGGAUGUUGCACUCACGAAC